CAAGGACGUUCGCGCGCAGGGUCAAACGGCGGUCUCGAAAGCAGUCGCGUUUUCGCUCGUGGACUACACCCUUGUACUUAGCCUCGUCUUUGGCGGAUGUUGCGCCAAUGUCUGGUCCUAUGAACAGCUGCUCAAGAUGGACGCACGCAUCGGGCACAGGAACGACCCUCACGUUCUCCCAAAUGCUGUUCAUUACCGUUCAGUCAUUGCCAACUUUUUUGACACUUCCGAAGGGGAGCGUCAUCCCUAGGCUGCGACCGCGCCAGGUUCCCCUCCGGGAUUGGGCUGUACAAGUGCUCGUCUUGGCCUCGGGAUCGCUGCUCAAUAACUGGGUGUUUGCAUACUCUGUCCCGCUGACGGUGCAAAUCGUAUUCCGCUCCGCCGGUCUCGCGGUGUCUAUGCUGCUCGGUCACUUCGUGCUCAAGAAGCGCUACUCGUGGGCCCAAAUGGCUGCGGUUGCGUUCGUCUCGGCAGGUGUCGUAUUAGCGACAUUGUCCCGUCCGUCCACACCCAAGACUGCCGGAAACCCGACAGACGUCGGGCGAUACACCAUUGGAGUCGCCAUGCUCACCGUCUCCCUCAUGCUCACUGGCGUCCUCGGUGUGCUACAAGAGCGUACGUACACGAAGUACGGCCCGCACUGGAAGGAGGGCGUUUUCUACACGCACUGCCUGUCCCUUCCGAUCUUCCUGUUCUUCAUUCCGGACCUCAAGCGCGGAUUCGGCGGGCUUGCGGAUCCCUCGACACUCUCUGUGCAGUCGCUUGAACGGUUCGGCGCGUUCUCCGGCGCGGUCCCGUACGCGAUCCUCGGCGCGAACAUGCUCACGCAGCUCGCGUGCGUCUCUGGGGUCAACCAACUCACCUCCCACGUCUCCUCGGUGUCGACGAACCUGGUGCUGACGACGCGCAAGGCGCUCAGCCUGUGCUUCAGCGUGUGGUGGUUCGGGAACGGCUGGAACGCGCAGCUCGGCGCAGGCGCAGGCAUGGUCUUCCUCGGCUCGCUCCUCUACACGCUCGCGAGCUCCCGCGGCUCGGGCGUGAGCUCGGAACCGCCCGCUGCGAAGGCGACGCCGCACACGCAGCCGUCGGGGCCGGUGAAACGCAGGAAGGCGAAGGCGGAGUAGGGGUAUGCGUGUAUGCGCCUGCGCUAUGAAUACUGAUGUAGACUGGGGUAUUAUGGGCAUCUUCGCUGCAGUCGGAGAUUCGGGGGCGUGCGUCUGCACGUGUGUAUACCGUAUGGAGGUAGAUUAACCUGCAACGAAGUACUGCGCUUGUCGUCCUACCUG